AAACUUGCUUUUUGUGAUAUAAUUGUGUAAGCAUGUACAGCAUUUAAAAUCUUCCUCUCAUCUUUUUUUGUUAUAUGAUGUUUCGAGGACGUUUUUUGUAAACGAAUGCUUAAAAUUGACAUAUAGACGUUGCUAUGGACACACGCGCCUGACCCAAAGUUAACUUCCGAGGCUUCAUGGACAAUUUCCAACGCCAACAAUCUGUGUGGAAUUUAGUGAGGGAAAAUGUUCCCUAUUCCGAGCUUCCUGAGAUCCGAGCAGCCCUUGGAAAUACGCUGGUUGAUACGUGUAAAGACUUAUAUGCAGAGGUGGAGAUGUGGGAGAACAUUUGGCAGGAGAUCCAUAUCUCUGAGCAGGGCAGCAGGCCAGAAACCCCAGUGUUCCCUCUGGCUGACCCCCCUGCUAUUAAAGAGUUGCUGAAGGCUGAGAUUCAAUUGUUGCUGCUUACAUUGAGGAAAAGAGCAGCCAGACAUGGCAGUCUGUCAUUCUCACUGUGUGUCAGGGACGCUGAAGAGAUCAUGACCCAGUACAGUCCCAGUGUGGUGAGUUAUGCACUGGGCAGCAGUAGCGCACAGAGACAGAUGAGUCCUGACACCUGGUGUGAAGCUCCCAAAUCACCUUCUAGACCCCCAUCAAGCUUGAGCGAGAUUGGGAGCAGAUCACACUCCAGCCUCUCAUCUCACUCCAGCUGCGAGGACGAGAUCCAGGCUUUAAGACACAAGUUAAACAUCACCCAUAUAGAUGAGGUGGUGUCCCAUCUCAGAUCCGUCCUGACUGAAGAAUAUGACGUCAUGGAGAGAGAUCUGCGGGUCCUGAAGGAGAACAUAAUGAGAGCCAACAUGCAAAGAGGACCUGUGUCUCCUGAACCCACUGUAGCAGAACUCAAAGAGGAACGAAGGAUCAUUCAAAGAGAUCUGGAGGUCCAGAGUUUGAUGCGCAGCUCCUGUACCACAAACAAUCUGACUAUCAAAAAAACACAAAUUCAGCUCAGGGAAACACGUGAACUUGCUUUUUCUCCACGUAAUUCAGAAAGGAUCCCAGAUGCAAACCAUCAAACGGUGGCGUCUGGAAUUUACUCAUUUCAUUUGAAACCCUGUCCACCCAAAGACCACUUUAGGACAUCCGUUUCAUCCAAACAGAGAAAUCGACUCAUCCUAAGCUCUUCACUGACCCCAGUCUCAGCCUCAGACACUACACAGCACAGAACACAAGAGCCAUGUUUAAAUCACGACCCUUCCAACAACGAAAAGUUGUUCUCCGGAAAGUCUAUAAUCCUGAUCGACGGCAACAGCUCAAAUGUUGAAUUAAACUCGCUCAGUUCUGCUCUGGAACAUGGAGAUAUGUCCAAAAAGUACAGAGGGACUUCUGCCUUCAGACUAGUUCCAGCAGCCUCAGUCGGAGAGUCUGAUGCUGCCAAAGACCUCAUAAAGCUGGGGGUGACCAAAGACAGUGACCUUGGCCUUCUCCAGCCCGCUCCUCCUGCAGUGCAUAGAACAGCCAGCAGGGGGCUGAGGGGGAGCAGACACUUGUGUGUUCCUCAGCAUGACAGUCUGCUCAGUUCUCUGUGACCGUUACAGGUCGUCCUGACAUGCUGGUUUACUUUGUCUGUGUGACAUGUGAAAGCUGGCGUUUAAGUUAAUUCAAGUCAUUUGGCAGUAGUCUAUGAGAACUGAAUCACAUGAUACACAGUCGCCUUAAAAUUAUGGAAUCAAAUUGGUUGCUUUUUUCAAUUUGAAAUGCAUUACGCAUAAUGGCAAUGUAGUAUUGAAAAUGACAAUGCAAUUGUUUAUUUAAAUAUACGUUUACAAAAACAUGUGUGCAACAUUAAGUGCAAAAUCUAAAAAUAUAUCAAUUACAUUUGUCAGUUACUAGUUUUAAUAUGUUAUUUAAAUAGAUAUUUUUCUCUAAGUUGCAAAAUUACAUUGAAAAUGCAUUCCCCCGAUUGAUUAUAUAUGUUUAAGAUAGUCAAGCAAAACUUUAGUAAAAUUAAAAUUCUAAUGUUAUUUCGCUAAAUCCAUUAACAAUAACAAGUUGAACAUUUUGGGGUUGCAUUUUCAUUAACACAACGCCUUCUCACAAUGAUGCUGUACUGGGGAGGGGCGUGGCCAGCUCGAAAUGCACUUUUAAUCCGGGGAAUGCAUUUUUAUUUUUGCAAUUUAAAGAGUGUUAAAAUAUCCAUAUAAAUAUCUAAAUAUAUUAAAACUAGUGUAGGAACUAACAAACGUAACUGUAUUUUCAUUUUGCACUUAAUGUUGCACAUAUGUUAUUUAAAAUGUAUGAUUAAAUACACAAUUGCAUUGUCAUUUAACAUACUGCAUUGCCACUUUGUGUAUUGCAUUUCAAAUUGAAAAUAUCUACCAAUAUGCUUCCAUUAUAAAAUCAAAUUGGCUUUACAAAUGUUUUUAAGUUACAGGUGAGUUUUUGUCGUUUAAUAGUAGGAAGUUGAAAUUGCUCAACUUGAUAAGUUGACUUAAUGUAAAAAAUUUAAGAAAAUAACAAUAGUAGUAAGUUGAAAUGACUUGUAAAGCCAAUAAAAAAAUUGAAGGCAGCGAAAGCAAUGUUUCAAAAGUUUUUCCUUAAACUAAAGGGAUAGUUCAAACAAAAAUGAAAAGUCUGUCAUUACCCUCAAGUCAUUUCAAACCUGUAUGACUUUCUUUCUUAUGCAGAACACAAAAGAAGAUAUUUUGAAGAAUGUCGGUAACUGAAUAACAUUGGUACCUACUUUAUGCGCAUUGGUUCUGUGUCCAUACAAUAGAAGUGAAUAGGUAAUCGCCUUUGUUUUCCGUUACCAACAAUCUUCAGAAUAUCUUUAGAUUUCCCCAGAAGAAAAACAGUCAUGCAGGUUUGAAAUGACAAGAGGAAGGGUAAACAGGUAACAUAUCACUUUAAGUUACUUAAAAUUUGUU